UUGCAGGUUAUUCAAGAACCGAUCGUCAUUCCGCGUAGUGUUCGAUUUCUUCGGGAUGGUGUCAAAGCGCCUCGAUUACAUAGCAUCCAGGAAGAGGUUGGCCGUGCUCUGGAUAUAAUGCGACUUGGCAAUGAACUGUUUCUUAUGAAGAAUCCUCAGAUAUCGUGUAAUAACCUAUUCGCACGGCGUCAUACGGCUCAUCUCAGCAUUCCGAAGGUCCAAUGCUAG